AUGGCCAGCAGGGGCGCUGCUGCUCCCGGGGGACAGGAGUCAACUGCCUUGUCAGUUGAACCAGUUUACCAACGAUAUCCAAGUCUGUUGAAGAAGAUGUGUAUGGCUUUUAUGAGGAGCCUUGAGAGUAAUCAUGGUUUUGCCAGCUUUGAAGAGAACAGUAAUUAUUUCCUUAAAUUAUAUCUAUUCACCCCUCCAAUAGGGGAAAAUUACCCUUUAUUUCCACUCCAGGAUAUUGUGCUUUUAAUAUAUCCCUUCUCAGGUUUUCUGAGUCCAGCAGCAGGUGCUGAACAGCAGCCCAGUGUUGGAAAAACUAUUGAAUCCCUGGCAGAUUACAGCGAGAGGAAACCUUACCAUGUCCCCAUCGCAGGUGAGAGAGCGCAGCCUGACCAUGCGAGACCUCCUGGAGGAAAACAGCCAGGACAGAAGGUGGAAGUUCAAGGUAUGACUCAGAGAAUAAAUAUUUUUUGUUACAUCUUUCAUUGCAACCCAAGACGAGCUUAAAAAGGAGUUCCUUAGAAUAAUAUGUUUCCUUCCAAAAUAUAGCCUCCAAAAUCAACAGAGGGAGGGAGAUUUGCUGAUCCUGUUUCCCAGUGUUUCACAAAAAGAAGAUACAAUCCCAAACCUAAAAUAAGCCAAGUUGCUGGAGGCCUCUGGGAUAGAUUUCAAACAAGAUCUUUUAUCUCUCCACAGAGUUCUGGUGCUUUCUGUCUUAUGAAUAAUGUACAUAUCUUCUAUUUACUUUCUAUCUGCUGUGUUGGUGCAGUAAAUUUUGAAGACAGCACUGGUGUAGACUUAGUUCCACUUAACCACAUGCAAACUUCAAAGCCUCACUACACAAGCAUUUGUAUCACAUGCUGUUACCUUGUGGGGAACAGCACAUCAUUCUUCAUACAGAAGCAGGUUCACAGCACUCCAGAUAUUCCUGGAUACAUUGGCAAGGUUCAUUGAUCAGCAGCUCACCCGGCAAAUUCCAAUCUUCCAUCAACAGCCCCAUCAGUAAUUGCAGGAAUGCAUGGGUAG